CAGAACGCGUCAUGACUAGCGGCUGCUAGAACCUUGGAACUGGUCGGCUUCGAAGCCCGCAACGCGUAUGCAGGACUUGUCAGCCAUAUUUCCACAACUCGGCCGCGACAAUGAGCUCGACAGCCUACCUCAUCACCAUCUCCGUCACAAUCCUUCUCGUCUCCCUCUUUUACCUCUGGCACCUGCAACCGUGGGUUCACCGCAGAACGAUGCCACCCAGAAUUUCCCCCAAGGUCUACAGUCUCUGCACCUCGCCAAAGUCUAUUGCAUCUGAAUAUGCCCUGGCACAAACCACCGCACCUGGAAAGAUUGCUGCAAAGCUCUAUGGUACAGAAGGCGUCUCUGUUUCCUCUCCCAAACCAUCCCGCGAGCGCAUUGCCCCAACUAGCGAAGAUCUUCAGCGCGCCUACGAAUGUGGAAACUUUGGGCCUCAACGCCCGAGCGACCUCUUUCUCCAAUGCUAUCACGACGCUCUCUUAAGCCUCGAGCACGACCCGCUGAACGGCUGCGUUUCACCCAGCCUGAUGGGCAGCAACGGCGUAAUACCCCUGACCAUCAUUGGCAGCAUCGUCGACAUAUGCCGUCAUAUGUCGAAUCUCAUUGCACGUGCCGAACGUGAAGUUUUCCUGGCGACCAAUUUCUGGAUGAAUAGCGACAGCUCCCUCCUCAUCACUGACGCCAUCCGCGAGCUGUCGCGACGCGUAGGCAGAAAGGGGACAGGCGAGAAGGCGGUGGUGAAGAUAAUGUAUGACCGUGGACACAUUAAGCAGGUCGUCGACAAUCAUACCGUUGUGCUAGAAGACGAGUACACCGGAAAAGCAGUGAACCUGCCGCAUCCUCUGGAAAUUCCGCAUGUGGAUCUCCAGGUCAUGAACUACCACCGGCCCAUGCUGGGCACAUUUCAUUGCAAGUUCAUGGUUGUGGAUCGGCGGAUUGCAAUCAUCAACUCGAAUAAUAUCCAAAGUAAUGACAACUGCGAGAUGGCCACGCAGUUGGAAGGCAAAAUCGUGGAUUCCUUCUAUGACUUGUGUUUGCUGAGCUGGGACAAGGCGUUGGUGCCACCAUUGCCGUUGGCUGGUAACCUGGCCGCCGAGAAAGACUUCCCAACGUUUACAGAUGCGAGGUUUUCUGCCUUGUUUGAUGCGGAAGGGCGGCUGAAGAUGCCAGUUUUGCAUGAUGGGAUGGUUCCAGGAGAGGUGAACGGGGCGCACGAGACGAACGGGGAACAUGAUGCCAUGGGACGACAGUCACAGCACACGGGUCAGGAUCCACAUUUUGAUGUAGACAUUGCAACGGAAAUUGCAAGGAUGCAAUCAACAUUGACGCCCCGCCGUGACGAGAGGAGGAUGGAUCGCGUUGCCAAGCAUCUCAACGAGGCAACUCAUAUCGAUAUCAAACCCACUGCCCCGGAAUGUGCUCCAGAAGACGACUAUGCACCUUUUAUUCCCCACGCCCCGCAUCAAGAGUUUCCCAUAGCCCUAGUUAACCGCAAGCCUUGGGGCGCGCCCAAUCACUCUUGUGUGAACACUCCUCAGAAUGAAGCCUGGUUAUCAGCCAUCCGGUAUGCACAGAAAACCAUCUUCAUCCAAACACCCAACCUGAAUGCUGAAGCGCUACUACCGGAACUUUUGGGCGCCAUAAGACGAGGUAUCAAGGUAACAUACUACGUCUGCCUCGGUUACAACGAUGCCGGCGAAAUGCUGCCCUUCCAAGGGGGAACAAACGAAAUGAUUUCACACAAGCUGUAUUGCGAUCUAUCAGAGCACGAUCGGCAAUUCCUGCAUGUGCACUUUUACGUAGGGAAAGACCAGAUACAGCCCAUUCACAAUAAGUUCAAGAAGCGAAGCUGUCAUAUCAAAUUAAUGAUCGUGGACUCUCACCUUGGCAUUCAAGGCAAUGGUAACCAAGACACGCAAUCCUGGUACCAUUCGCAGGAAACAAACGUCAUGAUCGACUCUCCCCUCAUCUGUAAUGCUUGGCUCAAUGGAAUAAGAAGGAAUCAGAAUACUCAUCUGUAUGGGAAGGUAUCGCAAGUGGAUGGAGUAUGGAGAGACGUUGAUGGAAAGGAGGCCAAGGGUGCAAUUGGGAAGGAUCCUGGGUCUUUCGCUUGGGCCAAGGGAAUCAAGGGAGCUAUUCAGAGGGUUAGAGGAGCCGGGGGCUUCUAGUGGUUCAUGGUCUAGAGCAGUGGAGUUGUGGCGUUUUGGAACAAUUCCAGGGCCGAAUACGAGGAUAUUAGGGACCACAGUCAGUUGUCAUUUUAGGUAUCAAAACUGUUAUUAUUGUCAAGUUUAUUGUGAUAC